AUGGGAUUCGAACCCAGCGAGCCUCAGAAGAAACGUCCGGCGCCAUACGCGCUGGCGCUAUUUGGUUUGCUCGACAUGAUGUUCAUGGCGGUUGCACAUGCUCCAAAUUUCUUUGAUAUUUGCUGGAAAAAUACGGGUGCGGAUAUCUUCCAGGCGAGGGUCCACAUUGAGGUUCAGUGGACGACAGAGCUCACCAUUGCAGCCAUAGAGCGUGCCGGCGGCGUUGUCACGACGUCUUUCUACGACCCGAUCUCGCUGACCGCCUUGGUAAACCCCGAAGCGUUCUUCAAGACGGGCUCUCCGAUCCCGCGCCGCAUGCUGCCACCUGUAGACUGCGUCGAGUACUACACGGACGCGCGGAAUCGCGGGUACCUGAGCGACCCGGGGAAGGUGGCAGCAUCCCGCGCCGAGCUGUCACAGCGGUACGGCUACGCGCUGCCCGACCUCACGCAGGACCCGCAUUACAAGAUGCUGACGACGGACAAGGACCCGAGACAGGUGUUCCGCGGACUGGAGCCGGGCUGGAUCGUCAACAUGGCAGACAAGGUUGUGCUGAAGCCCACGGACGACAAGUGGCAGCACUAUUACAGGUCGUAACGCUCUCUGUGCACGCCGAAUAUGAACAGUCGUGCGUAGUUGCCCGUGCGGCGGCAUCCGAUGACAAGUGACAGCACUAUUACAGGUCGUAAUGCUCUCUGUGCGCGCCGAACAUGAACAGUCAUGUGUAGUUACCGGUGCGGCGGCGGCGGCGUCAGAUGACAAGUGACAACACAAUUAUAGGUCGCGAUGCUCUCUGUGCAUGACACAUGCUUCAUCAUGUGUAGUUACCGGUGCAGCGGUGUCAGCAGCGCACGCCAGUAAGCUACCUGCGUUGCCGUCGUCGUGUAUGCCAGUAUGCAAGCAUGUAGUUUAUAUGAUCAUUUGUUACUGUGUAUGUGAGUGUGCACUGGCAAGAAUUGGUAGUAAACUCGGAACAAAUUCUUCGUAA